GCGGGGCAAGACGGGCCCCGCGCCAGUGUCGCGCGCGCCGUCAGUCCGGCCGCACGCUGCGCGUUACCCUCCCGCCGCGCCGCCGCCACCGCCGCCUCCGCCGCGCACCACCACUCACCCUCCGACACCCUCGGACCUCCGAUAGCCAUGGUACGUAAAUACGAAAGAAUGAGCGGACGUCAAUCUUGGAACGAGGAAGAGAUGGCGAAGGCCGUGGCCGCCGUGGUGUCCGGCAAGAUGGGCUACAAGCUCGCCGCGCGCACCUUCCACAUCCCGCGCUCCACGCUGCAGCGCCGCGCCAGCAAGAUCCGCUACCAACAGCCCGAUGACCCCAAGCCCCUGAUGGGCCAGUACCGGCGGGUGUUCACCGAGAGCCAGGAGAAGGACCUCGUGGGCUACAUCAAGAGCAUGGAGCAGUACUUCAUGGGCGUGUCGAGGAGGGACAUCCGCGAGCUCGCCUUCCAGUACGCCGAGGACAACAACCUGAACCACCCCUUCGACGUCAACGCCCGCAUGGCCGGCGAGGACUGGGUGAGGAACUUCCUCAAGAGGAAUCCCGAGCUCCUCCACAGGUCCGACCGAGAGAGUGACCUGGAGCCCGUGAACUUUGACCAAUUCUACCACUUCAUGUGCCAGUCAUGAUUGUAAUUCGUCUCUUCGUCCCGACUCGACGAGUCUCGCUGAAGAAUUAGCCCGUCUAGCCUGAGGUGUAACGUUUAAGAUGGACAUUAAAUGUACUUUAUACUAUUUAUAU